AUGAUGGCCACAGCAAACAACUCAACUCACGUUCGAGCAACGUGCAACCUUCAUAGUGAAAAACGCAACUACAGAGAUUACUUAAGAGCCAAGUUAAGUGAACUCAAUGUUAUGGAUUUUAAUUAUACCGAAUGCAAAAAAUUUGAAUUCGUUAGCGUUCGAGGAUAUAACUGUAGCAACUGCACAGCCCUUUUUGACCAAUCUGACUAUAUGCAUGCGCACACCGAUUCUUAUUGGGUUCGCAACAACAGUAUAAAUGCCAGUUUACCAGCGCAUUAGCAGGUGCUGUUAAGAGACCUGGAGGCGAAGAUAACUUCGGUCAUUAA